UCCACACACACAAGGCAAGGCAUCCUCCCAGUUGCUUUUUGUUUCACUCUGUGCGAAGGAACAGAAAAUUACAUUCUCACAAGGAUAUUAUUACUAAGCUUUAGAGUUUAAAACUAACGAUAACAAUUCAUAUAUCAACAACAGCCAUAAAUAAGGAACAGAACAUGGCUUCUGAGGAAAUAAAAGAAACCGGAAUUAAUUUUAAACAAUUUUUCGGCAAAGACGGGAAGCCUUUGCCUGUUUAUCAAUAUAAAGGAUACAAUAUUCUUUAUUUAGAAAUGGCUGCAACUGCUUUACCUAAACUGAAUACAGUAAAAAUUAGAUCUGAUGAUAUUUUGAUGUAUUCAUAUCCCGGAGCAGGUUCACAUUGGUUGUUUGAAUUGACUAGUAUGAUACUGAGAGGAAGCAGUGAAAGGAUUCCUCUUGUGAAGGAAGACUUGCUAUUAGAUUGGGUGCCAAUAGAAAAUCUGGAAUCAGCUAAGUCACCUCGGCUCUUGAGUGCACACCUACCUGCUAAAUUUCUACCCCCGGAAUUACUAAAGGAUCACAAAAUUAUCUUUCUAAACCGCAAUCCGAAAGCCAUGGCGGUGACGUUCUACAGACAUUUGAUGGGGGCUAAAGUGUUUGAAUACAACGGAGAUUUUCCCAGCUAUUUCGACCUUUGGAUGAAAGGAGAAGUUCCUUACGGUGAUUACUUUAACCAUACUGUGGAAUUUUAUGAGUUAAUGAAAAACAACCCAAAUGUUCUUAUUAUAACUUAUGAAGAAAUAACAAAUGAUCAAUUUAAAGCACUGUCGCGUGUUGCUAAUUUCUUGGGAAAACCAAUUUCUGAUCAACUCGCUAAGAGUAUUGUUGAUAUGUGUUCAUUUGACAAAAUGAAAUCUAAAAAGCCAUUGGUUCGUUCGUAUAUCCCCAAAGACUUCUUCAAAGAAGGCGGAACUCUCUAUCAUUCUGGUAAAGUGGAGACAUGGAAAAAAUGGUUAACCGUCGAACAAAGCGACCGAAUGGAUGCAAGAAUCCAAUCAGCCUUAUUGAUCGAGGAAUUAAUUUAAUUUUUGAAUUAUUUAUAGAUGAUCCAUUUUGUACUCGGAGUUAGGAUCACUCCAUGCGUAAAUUAAUAACAUAUAUGAAAGGAAUAUUCUCAUAGUGUCAGUUAAACAAAAUCAACGCCUGUGGCUAAAAUAGUAAAUUAAGAUGUCUCUUGUAUAUAAUUGUAAUAUAUAUAUAUAUAUAUAUAUAUAUAUAUAUAUAUAUAUAUAUAUAUAUGUUUGUGUGUGUGUGUGUGUGUGUGUA